UCUGACACGCCCCACCCGUCUUGUGACCGGCAGACUCCAGAGCCAAUGAGAAUACACCAUCUGUAAACAUGGCGUCUGACUUCAGGUGGAAAUGUGUGUUGCUCCUUCUGUGCACAUAUUUGCUUUGUAUAUUAGCGACCGGCCAAAAUAAACCUAAGAAAAAGAAGGAUAUCCGAGACUACAAUGACGCAGAUAUGGCACGGCUCCUGGAACAAUGGGAGGAGGACGAUGACAUUGAGGAAGGGGACCUCCCUGAGCACAAGAGGUCUCCCCCUCCCAUCGAUUUUGCCAAGGUGGACCCCUCCAAGCCUGAAGAGCUGCUCAAGAUGUCCAAGAAGGGCAAGACUCUGAUGGUUUUUGCCACCGUGUCGGGGGAUCCCACGGAAAAAGAGACAGAGGAGAUCACAGGCCUCUGGCAGGGCAGCCUCUUCAACGCCAACUACGAUAUCCAGAGGUUCGUGGUGGGCUCCAACAGGGCCAUCUUCAUGCUGCGGGACGGCAGUCUGGCCUGGGAGGUCAAAGACUUCCUGGUGGGCCAGCAGCGCUGCGCCGACGUCACUGUGGAGGGACAGGUGUUCCCCGGGACGGCUGCCAAGAAGCAGGACGACGGCGGGCACAAGCAACACAGUGAAGGCAACGCCAACAAGAAGAGCAAGAGGAAGACGGAGAGCAAGAAGCCGGACCUGGAGGGGAACAGUGCCGGCCAUCUGAAACACGAGCUGUGACGGAGGAACAUUCCCAGGGCUCUUUACCUCUGGCCUUGGGGUGGGGGGGGGGGGAUGUUCUGACCACUUAACUGUGGCAAGGGGGAGUAGGAACAUGUGAAGGAGCAGAGCUUCAGAGUCAGUGAUACAAAUGAAAUAAUGAGUCCUGUUUAGGGUUGGGGACUGUUCAAAGAUUUUCAAUACGUCACCAAUACCGUGACUUCGUUACCGGUUCCUAAACGAUACCGGUUUCUAAACAAUACUUUUUUCCGAUUACAGAAGAAAUGUCAUUAUGGUACAAAUCUUUUCAUGUAUUUUCCAGCUCCUAACACGUGAGCCCC